AGGACGAGCACAGCACACGAUUCCGCAGAUCCGCACCUCCCAUGAGAAGCGAUGAAUCGGACGUAGCUUUUUCCAUGGACGAUCGGUCCUUUCAUGACGUUCCCGGGUACAGUCUCCCACCUUUCGUGCUCGCACUCCAUCUUACCUUGCCGCAAUUUGGCAUGCGGAGCACGAAUCGAUUCAAGCGCGCGCGAUCGAUUCUCACCGACCAGGGAGCGCACGAGUUGAGCAAUCGAGCCUUGUGCCUGCUUUCCGGCUGAUCUACACUUUGAAGGAUGUACGCUUCCCUGUAUAUACAGGCAAGUGCACCAUGCUGCUGUCAGAGCGGUCGGAACUUGAGAUCGAAGGCCGAUGUUCAAUGCCAGGACCUGCUUCUAGACGCAAGUUUGCAAGGGAAUUGAGCUUCAUCGACAAGUCACUACUGUCAAGAUACACGUUGAAAACUAGGCAUGGACUUCACACCGAGCGAACUACUGGAUUUCAUUUGUCCACGUACCGAUCGAAUCACCACACAACUACUUGUAAGGCAACGGAAGGAGUGAAGAAUAAAGUGAAGUUUGCCAGAGAGGAACUGACUGCUCAACAGCUUGAGCAAUGGGUAGAGGCAAGCAAGUACCUGGAGGGGUGGGGAUUCGACUCUGAGGAAACAGACAAGAUUCUUGGCAAGGCUUUCGGCUGGGUCCACUCACCUUAUUGGACAGAAGAAAUGCUGCAAACAAUGCCAGAGGUGAAAACUAUCUCAACCGUGAUGGAUUUGGCGAAAAGCACUGGCCUUACAGAUGACCAGUUGGCAGCAGUGGUGAAAAAAUUCCCAGAACUUUUAAAUUGUAUAGAUACAAUAGAAACCAAUAUUGGCAUUUUAGACAAAGAGUGGGGAAUAAAAGGAAACACUCUGAAGAAUUUGAUAAUUCGAAAACCGCAGGUACUUGGUUACAAUGUAGAUUGCAAGGGCGACUGCGUCGCUCAAUGCACCCGUUGUUGGGUGAGGUUCUGAGUUACAAGUAGACAGAUUUCAAUUGAUUGUACUAUCACCCAUGGAAAGCUACAAGGCGGUCCAUAGAAGGACAUUUUCUUGCUGAGGGAGCCCUGAGUAAUAUAAAUAACAAGGCUAUCACUUUACUGCAAUCUUAAAGAUGCAGACAUCGUUUUUGUCUUAUCAACUUAGGGUCACAAUGCGGUCGAAAAGUCUUCUAGCAUUCAUCAUUUCAAUGUGCAUAUUCAUAGCACAACAGUGCGGUGAUUGUGCCUACCGUGUUGAGGAAGUGUAGCGGGAGUGUUCCAAAAUCGGACGAAAGGGUGGUCAGAAACCAUAUCGAUUCCCAUAGUUACUAUUGUAACUAUGGAAAUAUACAAAUUGUCUAAGUAAUUCAUGGCGAGAAGACGAUUGUUCACGUAGUC